GUGUCGGAGGAGAGAGGGGGAGGGAAGCGGCGACCGACGGGGCAAGUGCGGCUUACCGUUCAGGCACCAGAAAAUCACAUCUACAACGAAACACGUGUAUAAAUGGAAGUUAUCGGUGGAAUCUUAAUGGAUAUACCGAGAAAGAAACCGACAAGAGGAGUAGCCACGCCAGAUUAGUAAUUUUUUCUCCGUAAUAGAGGUACCCUAGCGACGAAGAAUUAGUGCGUGCGGAGAUCACGGGGUAUCGUCGACGCUUGCUUGCACUGCAGGAGACACUUGGGUCGUCUAUUAACCUUAACAGUUGUUCGUCUUACGACCACGGCGCCGGUUUUCUUGUCAUGGCUACGCCCAAAUCACGAAUUCCUCGAUCGACCUCCUUGCGUGACUCUGAUAGUCGAUUUUCUGAGUCAGAGAAGAUGGAGGGCGCCGGCAGUUGGGACGCUAUCGAAUGGACCAAAAUCGAGCCUGUCAAGAGGUCAGUACCUCAUGGAAUGUCUACUUUGCUGCUAGAAGGAGAGGAUGUUAUUGUGGAGGGCUAUGGUGUUGUUCUUGUGAAUACUGAUGAGGCAGGCACAUUGUUGCUUACCAAUUUUCGCCUACUUUUUGUGAUUAAUCCUUACCAUCCCCCACUUUAA